GAGGAGAGAGAGAGAAAGAGAGAGAGAGGGGAUUGCUACUUUCUCUCCGCUGAUAGAAACACACAGCAGAAGUUGAGAGCGCGCCGCUCCGGAUCUAUUCUGGAGGUUUCGCCGUUCCAAUCACACGCGCGUUCGUUUUGAGCGGAUCCGUCGGAGAAUUCUGCUAUGAACCGGAUGCGACAGAGAGCGUGAUUGAUCAUUGACGAGCGAUUGAAUGAUUGAAACAUUUGUCCACCUGCAGCUGGAGACGCCGGUGCGCUGAGCGCGUCUUGCGGGUUUUGCGCUUUUACGCAUCGGCUGGAUUUGCGCGCAGGAGGGAUGUUGAAGACACCUGUCGUGGUUUUCACUUCUUUAUCGCUUCUAUUGUCGCUGUCAUGUGCUGGAGAUGUAAAAUCGCGCAGCUGCGGCGAUGUGCGCCAGGCGUUCACGACCAAAGGCUUCAGUCUCCAUAAUGUGCCACAUCAGGAGAUAUCAGGUGAACAUCUGCGGGUUUGCUCCCAGGGCUACACCUGCUGCACUUCAGACAUGGAGGACAGGCUCGGCCAGCAGAGCAAACUGGAUUUCGAGAAAUUAGUGGAUGAGAACAGCCACACCAUACGGGCGAUAUUCACCUCCAGACAUAAAAAGUUUGACGAAUUCUUUCUGGAGUUGCUGGACAACUCGGAAAAGUCGCUGAACGACAUGUUUGUGCGCACGUACGGCAAACUGUACACGCACAACUCGGAGAUGUUCGAGGAUCUGUUCUCCGAGCUGAAGCGUUACUACACGGGCGGAAACGUCAACCUGGAGGAAGUGCUGAACGACUUCUGGUCGAGACUUCUGGAGCGCAUGUUCCAGCUGCUGAACUCUCAGUACACCUUCACGGACGACUUUCUGGAGUGUAUCAGCAAAUACACCGACCAGCUGAAGCCCUUCGGAGACGUGCCGCGCAAGCUCAAGGCUCAGGUCACCAAGGCCUUCAUUGCGGCUCGCUCGUUCGUUCAAGGACUCAUGGUGGGUCGGGAAGUGGCCAACAGAGUGGCAAAGGUCAAUAUAUCUCCAGGUUGCAGUAAGGCAUUGACUAAAAUGCUGUACUGUCCGUACUGUGGAGGAAUGCCGGGCCUCAAACCCUGCGCCAACUACUGCCAAAACGUCAUGCGGGGCUGCCUGGCCAACCAAGCCGAUCUGGACCCGGAGUGGAACCUCUUCAUCGAUGCCAUGCUGCUGGUGGCUGACAGACUGGAAGGGCCCUUCAACAUCGAGACCGUCAUGGAGCCCAUAGAUGUAAAGAUCUCUGAGGCCAUCAUGACCAUGCAGGACAACAGCAUGCAAGUUUCAUCCAAGGUAUUUCAGGGAUGCGGUCAUCCCAAACCAGAUGGAGUCGGCCGAUCUGCCCGCGGGAUCUCGGAUGUGUUCAACAGUCGCUUCAGACCCUACAGCCCAGAAGAGAGGCCGACCACGGCAGCCGGCACCAGCCUGGACAGACUGAGGAUUGUCUGGAGGACGAUGCAACACAGCGUGAUCGACAUUAAGGAGAAGCUGAAGGAGUCGAAGAAAUUCUGGUCGUCGCUGCCAGACAGCAUCUGUGCAGAGGACGAAGUGACUGACCCAGAUGAGGAGCAGUGCUGGAACAGUCACACGAAGGGAAGAUACUUCCCUGAAGUUGUAAAAGACGGCCUCACGAACCAGCUCAAUAACCCGGAGGUGGAAGUGGACAUCACCAGACCGGACACCUUCAUCAGACAGCAGAUCAUGACCCUGCGAGUGAUGACCAACAAGCUCCGAAACGCCUACAACGGCAAAGACGUCUACUUCCAGGACUCCAGCGAUGAGGAGAGCGGCUCGGGCAGCGGAAGCGGCUUCACCACAGAACCCGAAGUGGUCCAUACGGAGCCGCCGAUGCUGGAAGCAGACAAAAGCGACCCGCAGCCACCAACAGACGCGGCGGGCCACCAGCAAACGCUUUCGCUGCAGUUACUAUUCGCUGUAACGGCCCUCACAUGGCUGCUGCUGCUGCUGCGGUGGAGAUAAUGGCAGUAGGCGGCACGCGGCCACACGAACGUUUAAGACAGACGCAGCGUAGCUCGCGCUGUUAGCCUUUCCCUAACUGGACCGGACGUUUUCCAAAAAAAAUAUCAAAAGCCCAUGAAAAAAAGGAGAGCAAGCUAGCUAGCUAGACGCGAGGAGAAGGAAGAGCGAGCGCAAACCUUUGCAUCCUGCUUGUUCCAAAGAAUGCUUGGUGCAAUCAGAAGCCAACUGCUCUCAUUUCUAAACAAAGUUAAAGGAAAAACAAACUUUUCGGAUGAAAAGCGACCACCGUGCAAACGGGAUCGCUUUACUUUUUCGGGAACGAAUGGGAAAAUAUGAAAAUCUAUUUUUGUUUUCCUUUUAUACUGCAUAAAAUGACAACAAAACACGCUUUUUUUGUUUGUUUUUUUUUAGUGUUUUCGCCCCUCCCGUCUUCAUUGUACGAUAAAAAGCAGACGUUAUACAGAAAAAAAGUACGAAUAAAAAAUCUAUAUAAAUCAACUUGUUUAUGUACCACUGUGAGAAUGCAUGGGGAGGUCAUGAGUAAAUGUUUUUAACUGUGAUUUUCACAAUUUUAAUGCUUUUACUCUUUGGUUGAAGUGUUUUUGUUGUUAUUUUGCUAGGCUGAUGGCGGUCAUUUUGUAGGACUUCAGAUGGUUUUAGGUGAGCGUGAAAGUCGAGUUUUACCGAGGGCUGCUCCUGCUUAAUUCUAAAUAAAUGAUCCAUAUCUUAAUAUAUAAUGGUUUUAGUUAUAAAAUGUUUUCUUACAGAGAAAGAUUUAUUUAUAUUUCUAAUAUAAUUAUAUAUUUUGGCUUUACCAGUUAGCAACUUUUAUUCAAAAGCGCGUCUCUAACAAAAUCUAACAAAAUAGCUUGUUUUUUUGCUCUUUCAGUGCAAACCCAUUAAUUUAUUUUACUUUUUUUUUCUUUUUAGAUGCACCUGAUACAGGCGGUUUUAAAAUACAUUUCUUAUUGAAUAAAUCAGUUUCCUUUGCCCCGUACAUAAUUCUGAUUUGGGAUUAUUUCGAUAGUUUCGAAAGCCAGUGUUAAACCCGACUGAUUCAUGUUCCUUACGCUCAUUUAUAUACUCAUCAUUGUAAUCGAUUAUGUAUGCACAACCCUCAUGUACUUCAUUUUUUCAGUUUUUGUAUGUAGCUCACCAUAUCAGCAUUUCAUGUAUAUUUACAUUUACAAAAUUACUUUGUUGUGAAUCAACGGGCCUAAUUUGUGAAACUAAAGCAGAUUACAUUUUUAAUCCAAUUAUAAACCAUAUAUAAAAAUGUCUGUUUUAUAGAAUGCAACAUGCAAAAUGUUUUUUUUUUUUUUUUUUUGCAUUUGCAUUUUAAUUUGCAUUGAAUUUGCAUUUUAAACCCAUUUGGAGAACUGAAGCAUUGCAGUGUAGCAUUGCAGUGAAUGGGUGCCGUAAGAAUGAGAGUCCAAACAGCUGAUAAAAACAUCACAAUAAGUAAUCCACACCACUCCAGUCCAUCAAUUAACAUCCUGUUAGGUGAAAACCUGAGUGUUUGUAAGAAAAAAUAAUGUUUUUAACUAAUAACAAUCCAUAAUAACGCUUCCUCCAGUGAAAAAGUAAUUUUGUCUGAAUCAGGAGAGAAAUCUGCACAGAUCAAUCACUGUUCACAAAUUAAAAAAACAGUCUAAAACAGUUCUAAACAAAUAUGAUGUGAGAGGACAAUAGAAAAUUGACGGCAUUUAUGGAUGAGGCGAAAACAACGUCUUAAUGAUAGAUUUGUUUCCUUAAAAAAAGCAGCAUUUGGCUUCUGAUGGACUGGAGUGGUGUGGAUUACUUGUGGAUUAUUGUGAUGUUUUUAUCAGCUGUUUGGACUCUCAUUCUGACGGCACCCAUUCACUUCAGAGGAUCCAUUGAUGAGCAAGUGAUGGAAUGCUGCAUUUCUCCAAAUCGGAUGAGGAAGCAAACUCAUCCACAAUUAGGAUGUCCUGAGGGUGAGUACAUUUCUGCAAACAUUUAUUUUUGGGCUAAAUGAUGCCUUUAUUUUAAAUUGCAUUAAAGAAAAAAAAAAACAUUGUUUUGCUAAUGUUUCACAAACGAGGCCCGAUGAGUUUUAGUCGCUAUGAAUGUUACAAGGGCACUUUCUUGGUUUGACUUGUAUCUGUAGUUAUGAAUGUUCCCAAUCCGUUGCAAUUGAAAUCCGAUUUACACGUUGAGCAAACUGACAGAAUUACCCGUUUUAAUGGCUCAGACCUCCUGCUACGAAUGCUGGCAUGUGUUAAUGUAUCGUUUUAUGACAGCCUCUCCAAACAAACCCGUGGUUUAUGGAAGGACGCCGUGCAUUCAUCCAGAACCGCAAAGCUGUGCUUUAUGUUGAAAGCCGCCUGCUAAAACACUCUUUUCAUCAUUGAAAUGCAAAGAUGCUAAAAGAUCCUCUAACGUCCUCUCCUCGUAGAUGCGUGAAGGUUGAAUUGCAGCAUCAGUGAGGACGUGUUGAAUAUAGACACACAAACUGCUUUGAAAAUGAAAUGUGGAAGUGGAAGAGAGAGAAUGAGAAAGAGAGAGAGAGUCCGGUGAUGCUCCGCUGCGUCUGGUUUCGAAGGCAGGACAGGUAGCAGAAGACGAUGUGCUUUUUGCUCAUGCCUGGGUACUUUUGUCUUCCCAGAGAGGUUCAGAAAGCACCUCGGUGGGUUUUGGAAAUGAGAAAUUCAGUGAGCCAAGAGAGAGGGCGCGUUGAGGAAAGGUCGAACACACAGCUGUGUCUUAAAGUCAACAUGAAGUCAGAUUUUGAUCCCUAUUCACUUUGUAACAUCUUCCUAGCCCUUGCGCUGUGCUGAAAAUCCUUACCUAAUUUGCUAUUCCCAGAUCAAAAAGGACUGGCCUUUUAAAUAUUGCUUGUAAAUCUGUCAUGAUGCUUUAUUAUUAUCAAAACUUUCAGUUGGCACAUCUUUAUGAACUGACCGAUUGAAUGCCUCACUGAUCUGAGCUCAUGCACCUUAGUUUUUGAGUAAAAAUUAUGCACACAUAAUGCUUUUUUCACUCAAAAACUGAGGUGCAUAAGAUAAUUUUUUCUUUAAGCAACAUUUUUAUAAAUAAAUUACUUUGUUGUGAAUCAACGGGCCUAAUUUGUGAAACUAAAGCAGAUUACAUUUUUAAUCCAAUUAUAAACCAUAUAUAAAAAUGUCUGUUUUAUAGAAUGCAACAUGCAAAAUGUUUUUUUUUUUUUUUUUUGAAUUUGAUUUUAAACCCAUUUGGAGAACUGAAGCAUUGCAGUGUAGCAUUGCAGUGAAUGGGUGCCGUAAGAAUGAGAGUCCAAACAGCUGAUAAAAACAUCACAAUAAGUAAUCCACACCACUCCAGUCCAUCAAUUAACAUCCUGUUAGGUGAAAACCUGAGUGUUUGUAAGAAAAAAUAAUGUUUUUAAUAGCAUCAGCCUUUUCUACGUUUGAUAGUCAAGCAACCUUUAAAAUAUACAUCAUAUUAAAACAUUUAAAAGCAUUGCAAGCAACUCAUACAUGAUGAUCGUUAAUGCAUUAACUUUGGCAGCCCAAAGCUAAAACUAAACUGUGACCCUGGACCACAAAACCAGUCAUAGUGGUCUUUUUUUUUUUUUAAUUGAGAUGUAUGCAUCAUCUGACAUUGUUGAAUAAAUAAGCUUUCCAUUGGUGCAUGGUUUGUUGAGAUACAAUUAUUUGAAAAUCUGCAAUCUGAGGGUGCAAAAAAAUCUAAAUUUUGAGGAAAUCACCUUUAAAGUUGUUCAAAUGAUGUUUUUAGCGAUGCAUAUUAGUAAUUAAAAAUUACAAUUUUUAAAUAUUUACGGUAGGAAAUUUACAAAAUAUCUUCAUGGAGCAUGAUGUUAAUAUCCUACUGAUUUUUGGCAUAAAAGAAAAAUCUAUCAUUUUGACCCAUACAAUGUAUUGUUGGCUGUUGCUUCAAAUACGCCUGUGCAGCCAUGCAACGUAUGACUGGUUUUGUGGUCCAGGGUCACAAUUGGGAAAAAGCUAAAACAAACAGUGAACUUUGAUGAAAACUAAACUGAUGAAACAAUUCUGAAAUAGAUGCAAACCUGAAAAAUGUUGCCUAACGAAAAAGUGAGCUCAUGCACCUCAGUUUUUUUGAUUGAAAAAGCAUUAUUUAUGGAUGACUUUGUCACUGUUCACACAAAAACUGAAGUGCAUAAGCUCAGAUAAACAAUGCAUGUGAUCAAUCAGUUCCAAAAAGAAAUACAAAACCUGCGCUAACUGAAAGAAAACAAGUUGACAAAAAGAUAUAUCCAAGUUUUGAUCAAAUUAAUAAAAUAGCGAGAAAUUUAUAAGCAUUUUUUGUAGGCUGGUCAUUUUUGACUGGAAAUACCACAAGUAUAGCAAGGUUGCUGUUAGUCCAAUAAUUUUUCUAUGUUUGAUAGUCAAGCAACAUUUAAAUAUACAAUGUAUGAAAACAUUUGAAACCAUCGCAACUCAUUAUACAUGAUGAUCGUUAAUGCAUUAACUUUGGCAGCCCAAAGCUGAAACUAAAUUGUGACCCUGGACUACAAAACCAGUCAUUAGGGUCAAUUUUUUAAAAUUGAAAUUUAUGCAUCAUCUGAAAGCUGAAUAAAUAAGCUUUCCAUUGAUAUAAAGAUAGGAUAAUAUUUGUUUGAAGAAUCUGAGGGUGCAAAAAAAUCAAAAUAUUCGCAAAUCACCUUUAAAUUUGUUCAAAUUAAGUUCUUAGAAAUGCAUAUUACUAAUCAAAAAUUAAGUUUUAAUAUAUUUACAGUAGGACAUGUAUAAAAUAUCUUCAUGGAACAUGAUCUUUACUUAAUGAUUUUUUGGCAUAAAAGAAAAAUUGAUCAUUUUGACCCAUACAUUGUAUUUUUGGCUAUUGUUACAAAUAUGCCCAUGCAACUUACGACUAAUUAUGUGGUCCAGGGUCACAACUGGGAAAAAGCUAAAACUAACAGUGAACAUUGAUGAAAACUAAACUGAUGGAACAAUUCUGAAAUAGAUGCAAACCUGAAAAAUGUUGCCUAAAGAAAAAGUGAGCUUAUGCAUCUCAGUUUUUUUAUUAUUUCUAGAUAAUGUUGUCACUGUUCACAGAAAAACUGAAGUGUAUGAGCUCAGAUCAACAAAGUCAGUUCCCAAAAAGAAAUACAAAACCUGUGGCUAAUUGAAAGAAUACAAGUUGACAAAAAGAUGCAUCCAAUAUUUGAUAAAAUUAUACCAUGGCAAAAAAAAAAAAAAAUUACAAGUAAUUUUUUUUUUUUUUUUUUUUUUUUUUUGUAGGCUGGGAACACCAAAAGCAUAACAAGGUUAUUGUUUGUUCAGUGCUUUAACAUAAACUAGCAUUUGCGGAAAAAAGAAAAUUCUUUCCAGGUCAAAAUGACCUGAACACAACAUGAGGGCUAAAUGAAAUAUUCAUUUUAAAAACAUGUUUUUUUUUUUUUUU